AUUAUUAACAGCCUUGAAUGUGAGUGUAAGUAAUUUGAAUUUGAUUCUAGAGGAGAUUGGGAGCCAGUGAAGGGACAUGCAUAUGGGAGCAGCUGAUGUUGAGCGGUGAGAUAGAUGAAUGAGUCUAGCAGCCGCAUUUAGAACAGAUUGGAGUUGUGAAAGGUGACUUGUUGGAAUACCUACGAGGAGUAGGUUGCAGUAAUCAAGGCAGGAGAUGAUGAGAGACUGAAUCAGUGUUUUAGUUGAUUCUGAACUGAGAUAUGGUCGUAUAUGAUAUGGUCAUAUUCAGGCAAUGUCGCGCAGUUAAAUACGACAAGAUUUUGCAAGUGUUUGAAUGUGUGGUGAAAAACACAGAUGUGAGUCUAGGCUAACUCCUAGGCAGCGUGUCUGUGUGGUGGAAUGAAAGGUGGUGUUGUUUACUGUGAGUGAUAUCUGAGGGACAGGCGAAGAUCUUGGAGGAAAUAUAAUGAGUUCAGUUUCAGGUGGUGGUCUGUAACUUGGGAAAGGACAGAAUUAGAAAGAUCAGGAGUAGACAAGUAGAGUUGAGUGUCAUCAGCAUAAAGGUGAUACUGAAGUCCAAACGACUGAAUAAGUUUUCCUAGCGAAGUUAGGAAAGUAGAGUAGAAGUAGAGUAAGAGAAGGCAACUUUAAAAGAACGGUCAGACAGAUAACAUGUAAGUAUUAUGCAUCAAAUUGUCACUGUAUUUAUUUUACUUGGAUGAACUGUGUGUUAUUUUACUAUGAAAGAAUAUUGCUUUAACUAGCCUCCCCAAAUAAAAAAAUAAACACUCUCUGCCUAUGUUGUGUCCUGAAUCGUUACUAUGCACAGCCUCCUGGCAGCUUCAUUGCUGGGAAUCCCCACCCACUGUAAGAUGAACACACCCACUAGCACUCUCCCAGCUUGCAGUGGUUUGGUUUGGUUUCCUCGGUUACUGGUAAGUUGUUGGCAGAAGUUUGCUGGGACUUGGUUACUUGUAGAGAGUGAGCAGAAUGGCUUUUAGGAGGAACUGGCAAACAUGGGCAACAGUCUGACCUGUGCCAGCAGCUCUUUAACUGGGUUAUGCCCUACAUUCACUUGAUGUUAGUGUGUACCUGACAACAUGAAGGAGGAUGUUUUUACUGAAUCUGCUGAAUCUAAUGAUGAUAAUUCAGAAGAAGAAGAAGAAGAGGGUGAUAAUGAGGUUGGAUCAGAGGGCCCCCCAGAAGUGAGCACAGACCUUCCAGAUGAACUGCAAGACGUGCAUAGUAACAACCAAGAUCAACAGCCUAAUGAACUGGAACAAACAAAGACAACGCAGCAGAAAUCAAGAGAUGAAUCAAAAAAGAAGAAGAGAAGAAAACAAAGGGCCCUUGGCAUAAACCUAACCAACUGCAAAUAUGAAUGUGUCCGUCGGGCUGCACGACGCUGUGGACUUAAGGAUGUUGGUGAUGAAGAAGAGUGGAUCGUUUAUUGGACAGACUGCUCUGUUUCACUGGAACGUGUUAUGGACAUGAAGAGAUUCCAGAAAAUAAACCAUUUUCCUGGUAUGACUGAAAUAUGCAGGAAGGAUCUUCUGGCAAGGAAUAUGAAUAGACUGUCAAAGCUCUUUCCAAAAGAGUACAACAUCUUUCCUCGAACGUGGUGCUUGCCUGCUGAUUAUGGUGAUCUCCAAGCCCAUUGCCGGACAAAGAAAAACAGCAUCUACAUCUGUAAGCCUGACAGUGGCUGCCAGGGCCGGGGUAUAUUUCUUUCCAAGAACCUGAAGGAUAUAAAACACGGUGAUAACAUGAUCUGUCAGCAGUACAUUCCUAAACCAUUCCUCAUUGAUGGAUUCAAAUUUGACCUUCGAAUCUAUGCCCUUGUCGCAUCCUGUGAACCCCUGCGCAUUUUCGUCUACAAAGAAGGCCUGGCACGUUUUGCAACAAUGAAUUAUGUAGAACCCAAUCACAAUAACCUGGAUGACAUCUGCAUGCACCUUACCAAUUAUGCAAUCAACAAACAUAAUGAAAACUUUAUCCGAGAUGAUUUGACAGGAAGUAAAAGGAAACUUUCCACUCUGAACACAUGGCUGGAGAACAAUCAUUAUGACACAAGCAAACUCUGGGAGGACAUUGAUGAUGUUAUUAUUAAGACUCUAAUUUCUGCUCACCCUAUACUGAAGCACAACUAUCGCACUUGUUUUCCAAAUUACGUUGCUGGUAGUGCUUGCUUUGAGAUACUGGGGUUUGAUAUUCUUCUGGACAGAAAAUUAAAACCUUGGCUUAUAGAGGUGAAUCACUCCCCUAGUUUUACAACUGACUCCACCUUGGACAAGGAGGUCAAGGACCCUCUGAUUCAGGACACACUUAACUUAGUCAACCUCCGUGCUUGUGACAAGAGAAAGGUUAUUGAGGAGGAUAAACGGCGAGUUAAAGAGCGUUUAUUUCAGCGGAAUCUGCCUCGAGAAACUAGGAGGGAACAGUUGGAAACCUCCCAGGCUUCUUGGCUGGCACAAAUUGAAAAGUAUGAGGAUAGCCAUCUUGGAGGAUAUCGCAGAAUUUACCCAAAAGCUGAAGGAGAAGUGUAUGAAAAGUUCUUCAAACACAGUGGGUCUCUGUUCCAAGAAACUGCAGCUUCAAAGGCAAGAGAGGAAUGUGCAAGGCAGCAGUUAGAGGAACUGCGUAUAAAGAAGGAACAAAUUAAAACACCGUUUGGGAAAAAGAAGAGAGAGACAAAAUACAUCUUGCAGGGUGAGUCAGCAGGAGAAAAAGCCAUGAGGCAGAAAGUGAUGAAGAGACCUGUGAUCCGCAGUACAUCUGCUCACUACAGGAAUGUAGAAAAAAAGGAGGUCAAAUAUGAUCCUACGAAACCUGUGGACAUUGAUGAGAAUGAAGAACGAGAAAGGCUGCAAGGUCUGCAACAAAGAGAGAGACUAAUCUAUGAACUUGGAAUUGUGGAUCAGGUGCAUAGAGUGCUGAGCCUUGUAGAUCAUGGAACUUCGGACCUCCAGUCAUUUGAACACUACCUUGGUGAAUCGCAGCCAAGAAACCAGAAUACGGAAGGAUUUAUUAGGUAUCAAGACCCAGAAGUUAUCAUUCCUCUGUAUCCUAUGUUUUGCCAAGGAGCAUCAUCCACAGAAACAACACAGCUGAACAGCCAAGGAACCUUCAGUGGUAUACCUUUUGGGAACCAAGCAUAUUUUCCUGGCUUCACAUCCUUGGUUGUACCUCCUCCCUCAACACAGUUGUUAAUGAGGAGACAUGCUGAUAAUAGAAAACUAACUUGGACUGGAGUUCAAUGUGAGCAGGCCACUACAGCUAAAUGUGAAAUGUAUUUCAAGCCAAUGAAUGGCUUAAUUAAUACAGAACAUUGUCAAAGUGCCAAAUACAAGAUGGAGUCAAAACCUCCAGCUAAUAAGAAGCUAAUCCGGUAUGGUUCUGUCAUCUCUGGAAAUCCUUUAAUUCCACCUUCUACAGGCUCCACUUUACCUUCGGUCACUGGGACAUCUGCAGCAAUCCAGCCAUUAGCAGUAGUUGCAUCGUCUGCUCCAUUUGCACAGCGCAUUGAUCAUGCCAGGCAACACCGACUGGGAAGCUUCUACAUCAAAUAACUUAUUAUUGCGUUUCCUCCACAUUCUUCAAAAGAGAUUUCUCUUGAAAAUGUGCCAAAAGCCAUUAUACAUUGUUCUAUUAAUGCAUUUUCAUGUGCCUUUAAUCUAUGGAUCUAAACUGAUGAGCUCGUGAGCACCUCUCACUUCCAUAUCUUACAAAGCCAACUUCAUAAUGGAGUUCUGUGGGCCCUUCUGAGAAUCAGACCUAUAUGUUCACCUGCCACCAAACAAUGUCUCAAACCUUCUCCCCCACCCCAUAUGCAGGUUCCUGCUACCACACCUACCUCUUUACACUUCAAGGCAGCUAUUGCCACACAAGGAGGCCACCCCGUCUCCAGAGAAGUAUGGGACUGGUGGCAGAGAACGGGUGGGACUAGCCUGGGGGGCUAACUUGGAUUUUUCCUGGUAUCCUGGUGGACCACUACAAGGCCGAUUGGAAGAGGCUUUGAAAGAUAUAUAUUUAUGCAUACAUACAUAGUUACAUAGUAGUUACAUAGUUACAUAGUUAAAUUGGGUUGAAAAAAGACAAAGUCCAUCAAGUUCAACCCCUCC